GUCGUGCGACAGUAUUCUUAGGCCAGACAAGGGAGCCUGAAGGGUGACGCAAUCCGUGUGCCCGGUUGCAGAAAGACAAAAGUGUUGCGAGCGUCACUUUUCAUGUAGACAUUGUAGGUGAGGUUUGGAAUGAAACAACAGAUUCUGGAGAGUGGAGAGUUUGGUACAUGACUCAAUGAUACUCAAUGCAUAUCCGAACUUCCAAAUCUGCAGCAUUAGGAUCCUCAGCCUCGAACUCGCGCAAAACGUGCAAAAAUGGCGGGCUUGCGAGUGAUCUACGGAACGCUGAUUGGAGUGUCCCUGAUUGGUGAAGAACCUCGCCAGAUGGGCGUGCAAUCCAAGAGCAGUCCAAACCUUCAUGAAGCAGAGAAAGCAGUGAGCCGGGCGGAGGCAUAUGUGAACGACUUGGAGCGGAGAGCAGAUCAGAAGACGUUCCUUCACCAGUUCCCUCAGCCGCAAGCUGCUCCAGUUCAGCGACGUGGGCCGUGAGGGGCAAAAGGCUGUGCCACCUGGUACAUCCUGGUACUGUAGAGGAUUCGAGUGAGAUGAAGCUCUUUGCGUAGAACAAUUUUGAGUUCUGUGACCACAGACCACCGACCGACCGACCAUGGUCGGGACGCCGACCGGCUGUCUCUCUUCCGUUCUUUUCUGCGCAAUCAGCGGCACAAUCUGGUUCCAUCGUCCCUCUUGAUUGUCAGGAUCCAC